CUUCCGUUUCCUCUUUGUGUUCUACUUUUUUUGAAAGUAAUCCGUGAAACCCUAGAAUUUUGUUUUUCUUCCUUCAUGGAUCGAAUUUCAGAAGGUAGUGUUGGAGCUAGAGCAGACCAGAUCCAGAAAUCUUGAAAUUUACGUCUACAUCAUUUUAAUGGCGAUUAUUGGUGAUGCUCUUCGCCAGGCUUUCAUGCCUAAGCAUGAGUACGAGAGCCUCAGAGAAGAAGAGAAAGCUUGGGGCAGGCUCCAGAGGCCAGUUGUUAUGGUAACCAUGACUAUUCUAUGGCUCGCAGUUCUCAUUUCUGGUUUUAUUAGCUUGAAGAUUGUCUUCCCCGGUUAUAAGGGGAAGAGACCUUUCUGUAGAGAUCGGCGACUUCAGCCUCCAUCAAUUAACAUGACUAGGGAUUCUGAUCUCUAUAUGGGGGCGUUUUAUUUCACCGAGCAAGAAGCGGCGGAUUAUUACUGGAUGGUUGUGUUCAUUCCUUCAGUUAUCCUUUUCAUUGCCUCGGUUGUGUACCUUGUUGCAGGAAUCAUUGUUGCGUAUUCUGCUCCAGCCAGACAUGGUUGCUUAGUGGUAGUGGAGAAUAACUACUGUGCUUCAAAGAGAGGUGGUGUCCGUUGCUUAUCUGUUCUCAAUGCUCUCUUUGCCACUGUAUUUGGUCUUCUUGCACUGUUCCUGGGUUCAAGUCUUCUAACACUGGGGAGUAGCUGCACCUUGCCCCUGUUUUGGUGCUAUGAGAUUGCAUCAUGGGGACUGGUUGUUCUGUAUGGGGGUACUGCAUUUUUCCUGAGAAGGAAGGCAGCUGUAAUUCUUGAUGGAGGCAACUUUGCUGGUAGAAAUCUUGGGCUGGAGAUGUCAGAGGCAGCUCCUCUGGAUGUGACACCAGAUGUGGAGAGGCGAGUGAAUGAAGGGUUCAAGGCAUGGAUGGGAUCAUCCCUAUUAUCAUCUGAUGAAGAGGAUGGGCCUGAUGACUACGUGGAGGUGCCCGUAUCAUACUUAACCCAUUAACUCCAGCAGGCAAAGAGUAUGAAGUUUCUUAUUUCCAUGUUCCAACUAACAUUGUGGUUCCAGCAAGUAUAGUCCAAUCGGC